CGGUGGCAGCCGCGGCCUGGAGGGGGUGCGCCCGAGCGAGCGGCGCUGCUUCUCUGGGCGUGGUUUGCAUCCUGGGGGAAGGGUCUGUGGUGUGUGAGGGGAGGUGGUGGAGAUGGCGGCGACGGCGCGGGAAGAUGGCGCCCGCAGCCGGCAGCGAGGGCCGCGGGGCUGCGAGCACUAUGACAGAGGAUGUCUCUUGAAGGCACCUUGCUGUGACAAGCUUUAUACUUGCCGCCUGUGUCAUGAUAACAAUGAAGAUCAUCAACUAGAUCGAUUUAAAGUAAAGGAAGUGCAGUGUAUAAACUGUGAAAAGAUUCAACAUGCCCAGCAGACUUGUGAAGAGUGUAGUACAUUGUUUGGAGAAUAUUAUUGCAAUAUAUGCCACUUGUUUGACAAAGAUAAGAAGCAAUAUCAUUGUGAAAACUGUGGAAUUUGUAGGAUUGGCCCAAAGGAAGACUUUUUCCACUGUUUGAAAUGUAAUUUAUGCCUAGCCAUGAAUCUUCAAGGAAAGCAUAAGUGUAUUGAAAAUGUUUCCCGGCAGAAUUGCCCAAUAUGUUUGGAGGACAUUCACACGUCCCGUGUUGUGGCUCACGUCUUGCCGUGUGGACAUCUCUUACAUAGAACGUGUUAUGAAGAAAUGUUGAAAGAAGGCUACCGAUGCCCAUUGUGUAUGCACUCUGCUUUAGAUAUGACCAGGUACUGGAGGCAGCUGGAUGAUGAGGUGGCACAGACUCCAAUGCCCUCUGAGUAUCAGAACAUGACUGUGGAUAUUCUCUGCAAUGACUGUAAUGGACGAUCCACAGUCCAGUUCCAUAUUUUAGGCAUGAAGUGUAAGAUUUGUGACUCCUACAAUACUGCUCAAGCUGGAGGACGUAGAAUUUCACUGGAUCACCAGUGACCCACUUACGCUUCACUGCAAAACCCAGCAUUUUCUGAUACAAAAACGACAUUCCUUAGUAUUCUGUUGUCAUCAUGUGUCGUAAUCUAUGCAUUAGAGUUGAUGUGCUUUGUACUAGAGUCACAGCAUACAAUCAUAUCCAAGUACUUUUAAGAAUUCAGGGUCUCUAUAGAAUUAUCAUAGCUAUGUCUUGGAUAAAAGCCUUGUCCUUGUGUUUUGAUUGGAAAUUCUUUUAAUGUCAGUUGUGGAAAUCGAGGUUUGCCACUGAUAAUCACAUUCAUGGAAAUAUGUUCUAUUUUAAUGGGAUUUUAAGUGGUACUAUGUGCACAAAGUUCAUUUCUAGUUGUUUCUAGAACCGCACUUAAUUUUCAGUAGUAUUCUUGACUUUAGAGGCUAUGUUAUAAUAAGUUCUACCAUAUUAAAGUCUUAAUUAUAUAUGUUUUAGAAUUUUCUAAGACAGUCCUUUGAAGUCUAUAAAUGAAUUUUGAUGUAAUAACUGCUAAUAAAAUUAUAUUAAACAUUUAUAGAAAGCUUUUUUCCAAGGUUGUCUAUUUUUGGCUCAGAGUAAUAUAGUCAGUUUUAUAAUGUGAAUUUCUCCAUUCUUUCUCUCUUUGGUAUUCUUUGGUAAGAAUAGUUGGGGAAAAUGUUGUAUAAAAGGAUUCUUCCAGAGCUUUAAGAAAAAUAUCAAUGUUGAAAAUGAUUUUAAGUUGCCCUAAAUUAUUUCUUUAAGGAAUGAUUCAUGCAGCCAGUAUUUCUUGAGCAGCUACUAUGUGCCAGGCAAAGUUCUAGGUGGUGUGGAGAUAACAGUGAGCAAUAAAGAUGAAAGUCGCUGCCUUGUGGCACUAUAUUCCAGUGUUCUGUGUGUUUGAUCAGCGUUUUACUUGUUUUUCCUCAUGUAAGCAGUGAUGUGUUCAUUGUGAAUGAAUGGACUGUUUCUUUCCUAACUACUUGAAUGUAGGGGAUAGAUGAGCGGGAGGGGUAUGGGCUAUUCCU